AGAUAUAAAUACAUUAUGAAGAACACGAAGGUUUCUUAUCAUUCUUCUAUUGUGUUCUGUUGAGGACAUAGGUGGUAACUAGUAAAAUGAACACUCUAAUUUCGAUCUCCGUUUGUGCUGUUCUGUGCGUUAUUGGAAUAGAAGCAAAAGGGAUUCCAUCCUACAUCACUUUGUGUAAAAGAAACGAUCCAGAACUGGAGAAAUGCAUAUUACGAGCUGUUGAUGCCAUCCAGCCUCAUCUCAAGAAAGGAAUUCCAGAAUUAGGAAUUCCUUCCUUAGACCCUCUCACCAUUCCAUUUGCAGGUCUCGAAACAGGACCAAGUUUCAACGCUAGCUUCAAAGACAUAGAGGUGUACAAUGCAGAUGAAUUCAAAAUCACCAAAUUCCAAAUAGAUCUCGAUAAAGUCAUUCUGGAUGUUGCUCUUUCCUUCCCCAAGCUUAGAAUCAAGUCGAAAUAUGCUGUUGAUGGAAAGAUUCUGUUUUUGGAGUUGAAAGGAGCUGGACCAGCUGAUGGAAAUUUCACUAACGUCCAAGCAGAAUUGCUGGGAAAUGGAAGGAAAAUAGAGAAAAACGGAAAAACUUAUCUAGAAAUCCAAGAUGUCAAAGUGAACGGUAACUACGGCAAGCCUGUUUUUCUUUUCGCUGAUCUCUUCGAGAACAAAGAAGUUAACGACCAAACGAACAAAAUCAUCAACGACAAUAUUGAGGAAAUUAUCAAAGAAUUAGAGCCUGUGGUCAAUAAGGUUGUUAUUGAAAUAGUGCAGAGUUUGGUGUCUAGGGUUUUCGUGAAGUAUUCCUUUGAUGAACUGUUUCCUAAAUAGACAUACAUUAGAAUAUA